AUGUUAGCUAGUAGGAGUGCUCAAUCUAAGAGCGAGAAACCUAUGGCCCUGGCACAGCUGCGCAAGGUGGUUUUCAACAUUUCCCAGAAUUUGAAGGUAACUAAAAUAUUAGGGGAAGGUGCCUAUGGAAUAGUCGCUCUCGCAACGCAUUUACCAACAGGAAUUGAGGUGGCUAUUAAGAAGAUUAUGCCAUUUGAACGGCCAUUGUUCUGUCUUCGUACACUCAGGGAGAUAAAAUUAUUAACAAAGUUUAACAGCCAUGACAAUAUCAUUAAGCUUUAUGAUGUGCAAAAACCUUUAAAUUACGAAAGCUUCAAUGAAGUUUAUUUAAUUCAAGAAUACAUGCCUAGUGAUUUACACAACAUCAUUGCUACACAAACAUUGAGUGAUCAACAUGUCCAAUACUUCGUUUAUCAAAUUCUUAAAGGACUUAAGAUGAUUCAUAGCGCUGGUGUUAUCCAUCGAGAUUUAAAGCCUUCCAACCUUUUAGUUAACGAACAAUGUGAUCUUAAGAUUUGUGAUUUUGGUUUAGCAAGAUUAAACUCUGCCCUUUAUAAUACGCCUACAUCCCCUCCUCUCAUUUCCCAACUUACUGAAUAUGUUGCUACCAGGUGGUAUCGUGCUCCAGAAAUAAUGCUUAGUGCUUCACAAUAUUCCACUGCAAUUGAUGUGUGGUCGGUUGGUUGCAUUUUAGCAGAAAUGUUAACUUAUAAGCCCUUAUUUCCAGGUAAAGAUUAUAUUCAUCAAUUGAGGUUAAUUUUAGAUAUUUUGGGAUCACCUGGUGAAGAAGACUUAAGAAACAUCAAAUCCAGUAGAGCCAGAACUUUCAUUAAGUCACUUCCACAGAGAGAGCAAAUUAACUUGACAUCUUACAUUACUAAGCAUCCUUAUAGGAUUGCAAAACAUGGGAGAUCACCCCAGGUAAAUCCUCUUGCAGUAGACUUAUUGGAAAAGUUAUUGAUAUUUGAUGCAAAGAAGAGAAUCACAGUUGACCAAGCAUUGGAACACCCUUAUCUUGCUUCAUAUCACGAUCCAAAUGACGAACCUACUACUCUGCCUAUCCCAAUUGAAGAAUUCGAAUUUGAUAUAGAUAAGCAAGAUUUAGAUAUUGGAGAGUUGAAGAUAGAAAUUUAUCAUGAAAUUAUUAAUCAAAAACGCGAUUAA